CACUGAAUGCCAUUGAACCCAACGCAUCAUGAUCGCGAGAAAGUCUUUCGCGGCGCUGAGCUCAUCCGAGCGACAGCUGAUCAAAUCGCAAUACCUGAGCAUUGGGCAAUGCGCGCGAUGUUUCCACAGCUCGCGACGACGAGCGGCAGAAGAACAACGCCCUGAGGACGGUUCACCUGCUAUCAAGGACAGUGCCACACGAACGGAGAACAAUGGUUCAGCAGUACAGGCCCCAUCCACCAAGCGAGCACGCGCCCAACGCAUCUCGAGCGAGCUAGAAAUGCUCAAUAAGAGCCCGCCGCCUGGGAGCUCGACAACGUUCCCUACUUCCGAGCAGAACCAACAUAGCGAUCCGACGAGGCCAAACAUCAGCGCUGGUUUCACGGAAACGCCUACAUCGAUGGGCGGGGGUGGCCAACGGAUGGGCGAGAACGUGUCUGCGGGUCGAGAAGGCGUGAACGCGCAAGGUGUUGGAAGAAUCGCAGGAAUCGAUGAGCAUGUUCGUAACGAGCAUCCCAGGCCACAAGCGACUCGGGCGACCGACCAAGUGCAGGAUCCAGCGAGCGGCGGUGCAAGCGUGCUAGAGGCUUCUACACCUGGGCAGCUGAGUCGCACUGUCGGGAGUCAAACCAGCACAAAUCCAAGCGAAGACGAGGCCCUAGACGAAAGACAAGAAACACAAUUACGAGAACACUUGGCAGGUGCCAGGCCUCAUGGCCUGCCCUUCCGUCCUCACAAGGCUAAUACGAAGGAACUUUUGCAACAAGGUCGAGGCGCUGUUACUCCAACGACGAGCCAUUCCGAGGCUACUGUACUAGACCGAUACAAGCUGGCCACAGCUCCUUCACGCGACCCCUCCCAACCUUCAGGACGAAGCAAAUUCACGCUCGAAGAGGCAGACCGCAAGAUUCUUGCAGCGAAGCUCAUUGCUGGAAAGUAUGACGACCAAGGAAUUCUUGCUGGCAAGCAAGUCUACAAGCAGGCCAUAUUGAACGAACUUGCCAAGAAAACGAUGAUCAACGACACGUAUCUGAAGCAGGACGGCGAAAGAUUGCUCAAGAAAGUCCAAUCACUCUUGCCGGCAGCUCAACCCGCAAGAACAGCAUCUGCACAGAAGGCGCGGCCAGCACCGGCGAAGGCGAGUGCCUGAUUCUGCUAGAAGCUAAUACGAUAUACUGUAUAAACAUUAUAUUCGUGCCCAGGGCACGACAUUCACCCAUUGCCUGGUCC